AUGACAACUAUUGAAGAUAUAAAAAGGCAAGUUUUGGAGCCUUAUCAAAAUCAUCGACAGUUAAGUAUCAAAGAAGCAGAUACGAUAUCAUUGGAGUUACUAGAUUUGUUCAGUCAGUCCGAUUGCAAUGACAAAGAAACUUUAAAAUAUUUGGCGAACUUCCUUACCGGAGAGAUGUAUAACGAUCUAAUGGAAGAAAGAAACCUGAACAAGAAAUGUGGAUAUCCAUCUUGCACACGCAGCCAAAGUCGAGUUAAGGAUCCGUAUGGUGGUAACGCUGUGGCAACGAGGUUUCUUCAAGAGAACAACCCUUACGCGUACUUGUCACAGUUUUGUAGUAAAUUUCACUAUCGCUGUUCCCAGUUUUACGAAGUUCAAUUGACAGACGAAGCCUUAUUUGUGCGAAGUGGAGUUCAUCUUAAUGAUGACAUCCAGGGCAAAGCUCCAAAACUGCAGGACGUUACCCUUCUGGAGGAAAUGAUGCAAGGGGAGGAGAUUAAGCAGCACGACGUGGCGGCAAUCAUCAAGGGCAUUGGCCAACUACACAUCAACCGAGAGGGAGAAAAGGCGGAGGUGCAAGAAGAAGUACAAAAGGACCUGAGCGAUUGGCUUUCUCAAAUCAAGAUUGCGGAAAAAGCAAAUCCUCAUCCACUAGGAGAUUUUUUCGAAGAAAAAGGCUGA